AUGGAGAACCACUGCUUGUCAUGGCUUCCAAUUUGUGUUGCGUUCAGGGACGAAGGCGGAAGUCGGGCAUUCGGACGGCGCAGGACAACAAAACCCAACAGAGUCAUAAACUUCAAGGCGUUCCGUCUCGUGUCCAAGUCGCGUUACCUGCGCGUUACCUUUAUAUCCAUGGCUAGUCGCUGUUCUGGUGUCCUCCGCGCGUUCUCGCGACCCACCUCUUCAAUCCGUUACUCAAGAGUGGCCAACUCCUCAAGAUGGCUGGCGACAGCUGCAGAAGCCCAAAAGACUUCUCCCCCACUCCCCGCGAAAGCCUCAACCGACGCCACCAUUACACGUAUCGUUGACGACAUUUCGGGACUGACAUUACUUCAAGCGGCCGACCUUGUUGCUCAACUAAAGACGCGACUCAACAUCCAAGAGGUGGCAAUGCCUGCUGCCGCUCCCGCACCCGCCGCCCCUGCCGCCGCCCCUACAGACGAACCAGCUCCCGAAAAGCCCAAGGAGAAGACCGUUUUUAAUGUGAAACUCGACUCCUUCGACCCCGCCUCAAAGCCUAAGGUCAUCCGAGAGGUAAAGGCACUGGUGCCUAACCUAACGCUCAUGGAUGCCAAGAAGUUCGUUGAGUCGGUACCAAAAGUGCUGAAAGAAAACCUGACGAAGGAGGAGGCCGAGAAGCUGCAAAAGGUGUUCGAGGGUAUUGGUGCUGUGGUCAAACUAGAGUAA